AUGAACUUUGAACUUCUCGUUUGGUUUUAUAGGACUUUCUUUCUUUAUCUUGUUGCGCUAUCAUGGUCCUGCGUAGGGUUUACUUUGACGUUGCCACCACCUCCGGUCUUUGCUGGCGAUGUCACAAACUUUCAGUGGAAUUGGAAUACCUCAGACUUCCAUCAAAGUAUUUCAGGGAUCUUUGUGGCGUAUCUCGUUCUACUUCCAAACAAUUUCAAUUUUGAAUGUCCCCUUCGGCUGGAUAAUCCUGGGGUGGGGAUCGACACAAUGUUGAAGCUUUUCGAGAGCUUUGCUACAGCCAGAAAUCCGACUAAUGACUCUGAAACAUCGGGAAACCUCCUUUUUACUCCAGGAGAUAUAGGAACCCAUCUGAUCUGUACUUAUGGAGAUGUCUCGACGAAAGAUGACGGCAACUUCUCCCCCGGAACACAACAGGACGGAUCGAUCGAUCCAUCGAAGCUCGAGGCCUUCCUUAGUUCUUUGGUAUUCCUUGAUCAGUCAAGCACAUUCAAUGUCACUGCAGGAACGGAUCCUACAACUUCAACCUCUUCAACCUCCAACGCCGCUUCUCCGUCACCAAACACCGUGAAUGACGGGGACCGAAGUCAUGCCAAUGAUGGUCAUGAUAAUGCCCCGGACAUUGCACCAAUUGUGGGAGGUGUCGUCGGAGGCAUCGCUCUUCUCUGUCUCGUCCUUUUCCUAUUUUGGCUCAAAAUCCAGCGCAAACUCAAACAGUUUCACAAAGGAGGUAGCGGUUCCACAUUUGGAACACCACGAACGACCCAUCUUCGACCAGGGGACCUCGCCUCGCCUGUGUCAUUGUUACCACGCUACCGUCGUGACGACCAUGAUCAAGCUCUCUCUACUCCCGCUCCUAUCGUUGAUCCCACAGUCUCACCACCUGUGGCCCAUGAGAUUGAGAAUUCUCCGACAGCGGUUGCAGCGCUCAGCGAAACACUGAGAAGUCUGGGACCUCCAGGUGGGCGAGGUAUCCGGGAGACGAACGAAUCUAGACCUCAGUUCACCGUGAGGCACGCAGAUAGUGGAUGGAGACCCGCAAAUAUACCAGGACCAAGCUACGUUGAUGUGCCCCCCGACUACGACGAGGCAAGGUAG